CCCCCUCCGGACGGGGCCUGAGCGCGACACUGCUCUCCCUGCGCCAGCCUGGCCGCGCCCUCCUCCGCAGGGUCUCUGGCUCCAGCAGCUUUCCUCCUCUCCGCCGCUCAUCGCGGGAGGCCGGAAUUCAUCUGCUCAGGCUCAGUGCUGCUCCAUUUUCUUCUGCGUCUCCCUACUUGGGCUUUUGCCAUUGUCUCCGGGAAACUUUCUUGCUUGCUGGUUCUUUGUCACUCUCAGUCCUCCUGACACGCCUGACUCCGGCCUCGGACCCCGGUGACUUCUCUUGGAAACGCUUUCUUCCUGCUUCCCAGCGGGCGGCCUCCUGCCUACCGGUUUCUCUCUUUUCCAGCAGUCUCCAAAUGAGUCUGCAGAUCUUAAAUGAUGAAAUCAUCACCCAUGAAAAAAAUACAGAAAACUGCAACAUCCUGUUUUCGCCGCCAGCCCAUACCAGAAGAACAUCUGUUCUUGGUCUGUCACAGAAGGAGAAUGUACCACCCAAGAACCCGGCCAAAGCCGCCAAGGUGACUUUUCAGACACCUCUUCGGGAUCCACAAACACAUAAGAUCCUAAGUCCCAAGAUGGCCAGCAAACUCGAGACUCUUUUUGCUCUGGACGACACCAUUGGAUUAGAAGACUCUCACUAUGCUUGGAUACAGAAAGAGACCCAACAGCUCACCAAGGAUAUGGAUACCAGGUUGCCCAGUGGAAUUCAGAAGCCAGCUAUGGCUUUUUCUGACCUUUCGCCAGUGGAUACCACCUCGGCCUCUGAAGUUAACAGCUGCAGCAAGCCUGGCCUGGCACAUCUGGCUGACCCAAGUGCCCCGAGUUCUCCCCAGAGGCCAGGAAGUCCUGAAAAUCAAAUGUCAUCUCCAGGACAAAAGUCUGGCAGCACUGGCCACACCUUGAAGGACAGUGUUGGUUCAGACUUGUUGCCUGAAAGCAUGCCCUUCACUGCUGAGGUCCUCAAAGACCCUCUUGGGACUGUACCCCAACACCAAGUGGGCACUCCUCCUAAGGCCUUGGAAGGAAGCCCCUCCAGCUCUACUCCACCCCAGGCUGCUGCUACUACUAAAAGCCCAGAUGCAAGCUCACACCCUGCAGACCUGGCCAGCCCAGGUUCCAAGACAAAGGAGGCUGCCAGCCAAGUAGGCAUUAACCCAAGGUGUGAGCCCAUCAGACUAGAGUUUGACUUCUCUCAUGGGGCAACCGGCAAAAAGGCAGUUCUACCACAGAGACAAGGAAAGAGGCCCAAGGAGAAGCAGCCACAAGACCCCAAGAAGGCAGAAGAGGAAGAUAGGGCCAGAGGAGUAGACCAGAUCCCCAUGCCAGCUUCCCGGAGCUCCUACCACCUUGACUGGGACAAACUGGAUGAUCCAAAUUUCAACCCCUUUGGAGGCGGCUCCACGUUGGCCAGCAAAGAAGCCCCAGCCCAUGAGAACCCUGAGGCCAGAUUGGCACCACCUGCAAAGGACUUGCAUCCAAGCCAGCCACCGUGUGCAGUCCCAGAGAGUAACAGGCCUGAGGUACAGAUGGUGGCUGAUACCCUAAUCGCCAAGGACCAGGUGCAGGAAGUGACACUGACCUCCCCCCAGGAGGGAGCCUGGAGCUGCUCAGAUGCCUCAGCUUCCUCAGGUGGCGUGGAUCAUCUGCUCCAAGCCCCCUCCCAGCCCAGCCUACAGCCUAUCCUGAACCUGGAGGAAGAGACCUUUCGAGACCCUGCUGAGGUUCUAGGCACUGGCGCUGAAGUGGACUACCUAGAGCAGUUUGGAGCAUCCUCGUUUAAGGAGUCGGCCUGGAGGAAGCAGUCCUUGUACCUGAAAUUUGACCCGCUCUUGAAGGACAGCCCUCAGCGGCCAGUGCCUGUGGUUCCAAUGCCAGACAGGGUAUACGGUGCAGGCGAGCUUUCCCCAGUGAACCCUCCGGAGGCCAAGCUCGUGGAACUAGACUUCUUGGGUGUGCUAGAUGUCCCCGUGCCAGGGCCUCCUCCGAGUGUCCUGGAGCGCGGUGGCCCACCCCUGCCUACCCAACCCAUCCCCAUGGUGGACGUGCUGCAGUACAGUCAGAGCGACCUGGAUAUGGCAGUGAGCGCAGCCCAGCAGGAAAAUAAGGAACUGAGACGCCAGUAUGAGGAGCUACAAGGAAAGAACCUAGAGAUGGGGAAGAUCAUGGAUGGCUUUGAGGUGGUGGUAAACCAGGCCAUAGAGGAUGCCAAGAGACAGAAGGAGCUUGCCAAUGCUGAGAUCCACAAGGUCCUCAGAGAGAAAGAGCAGCUUACUGCAGACCUGAACUCCAUGGAAAAGUCGUUCUUCGACCUCUUUAAGCGCUUUGAAAAGCAGAAGGAGGUGAUCGAAGGCUACCAGAAGAAUGAGGAGUCGCUGAAGAAGUGCGUGGAGGACUACAUUGCCAGGGUAGAGAAGGAAGGCCAGCGAUACCAGGCGCUGAAGGCCCAUGCAGAGGAAAAGCUCAGGCUAGCAAACGAGAUGAUCGCCCAGGUCCGGAGCAAGGCCCAGGCAGAGGCACUGGCCUUUCAGGCAAACCUCACGAAGGCGCAGAUGCAGAUCCACUCGCUGGAGAAGGCCGUGGAACAGAAGAGCAAAGAGAAUGAGGAGCUGACCCGGAUCUAUGACAACCUCAUCUCUAAGGUGAAGAAGAUCUGAUCCAAGCUGUGGCCACAGCGGCUCCUGCUACCUAUCUGCCUAUCUGUCCAUCUGUCCUAGUUUUGUGUUCUUCUCUUAAUGUGUUUCUGGAAUAGGUUGUCUUUAAAAGAGGACUAAAUAGGGGGCUGGGGUUUUAGCUCAGCAGCAUAAGCGCCUGCCUUGCAAGCAGGCAGUCGUGAGUUCGAUCCCCGGUACUGAUAAAAAGGAAAAAAAAAAAAAAAGGACUAAAUAAAGUUUCCCUUAAGCGCAGACUACA